AUGGCGCCGUGGAGCGGCUUCUGGGGCGGUAGGGCUGUCCUCGCCGGCGCCGACGCCUACCGCGGCGGCACGCCGGUCGUCGUCAAGAUGGAGAACCCCAACUGGUCCAUCGCCGAGAUCGAAGGCGACGGCGACGGCGACGACGAGGGCGACGGCUUCUUGGCCGGCGGCCGGAGGCGCCGGAGGAGGGGCAAGAACGCCAAGCAGAUCACCUGGGUGCUGCUCCUCAAGGCGCACCGCGCCGCCGGCUGCCUGGCGUGGCUCGCCUCCGCGGCCGUCGCGCUCGGGGGCGCCGCGCGGCGCCGCGUCGCGGCCGGCCGCACGGACGCCGACGCCGACGGCGAGGACGAGGCGACCGCGACCGCGCCCGCGCAGCCGCGGCAUUCCCGGUUCUACGCCUUCAUCCGGGCUUUCCUCCUGUUUUCCUUGUUCCUCCUCGCCGUCGAGCUCGCCGCCCACGCCAACGGCAGGCGCCUCGCCGCGCCCGCCGCCGUGUCCUUCGCGGCGCUCCACGCGGCGUGGGUGCGCUUCCGCGCAGCCUACGUCGCCCCGCCGCUCCAGCUCCUCGCCGACGCCUGCGUCGUGCUCUUCCUCGUCCAGAGCGCCGACCGACUCGUCCAGAGCCUCGGCUGCUUGUACAUCCACCUCAAGCGCCUCAAGCCCAAGCCCAUCUCGCGGGCAUUGCCCGACGCCGAGGACCCCGACGCCGGCUACUACCCCAUGGUGCUCGUGCAGAUACCAAUGUGCAACGAGAAGGAGGUGUACCAACAGUCAAUUGCGGCGGUCUGCAAUUUGGAUUGGCCAAGGUCCAAUUUCCUGGUGCAGGUACUGGACGACUCCGAUGACCCGAUCACACAAGCAUUGAUCAGAGAGGAGGUGGAGAAGUGGCAGCAGCAUGGUGCGCGCAUCGUGUACCGCCACCGUGUGCUCAGGGAAGGGUAUAAGGCCGGUAACCUCAAGUCGGCGAUGAGCUGCAGCUAUGUCAAGGACUAUGAGUAUGUGGCGAUCUUCGAUGCUGAUUUCCAGCCUUACCCUGACUUCUUGAAGCGCACCGUGCCACAUUUCAAGGACAAUGAGGAAUUGGGGCUGGUGCAAGCGAGAUGGUCAUUUGUGAACAAGGAUGAGAACCUAUUGACGCGGUUGCAGAAUAUCAACCUCUGCUUCCACUUUGAGGUGGAACAACAGGUGAACGGCAUAUUUAUCAACUUCUUUGGGUUCAAUGGCACAGCUGGGGUGUGGAGGAUCAAGGCUUUGGAGGAUUCAGGGGGCUGGAUGGAGCGGACGACAGUGGAAGACAUGGACAUUGCGGUCCGUGCGCAUCUGAAGGGCUGGAAGUUCAUCUUCCUGAAUGAUGUGGAGUGCCAAUGUGAGUUACCGGAGUCGUAUGAGGCUUAUAGGAAGCAACAACAUCGGUGGCAUUCAGGCCCGAUGCAGCUGUUCAGGCUGUGCUUGCCAGACAUCAUUAGAUGCAAGAUUGCGUUCUGGAAGAAGGCCAACCUGAUCUUCCUCUUCUUCCUUCUCCGCAAGCUCAUCCUGCCCUUCUACUCCUUCACCCUCUUCUGCAUCAUCCUGCCACUGACAAUGUUCGUGCCCGAGGCCGAGCUCCCGGACUGGGUGGUCUGCUACAUCCCAGCCCUGAUGUCGUUCCUCAACAUCCUCCCAUCGCCGAGAUCCUUCCCCUUCAUCAUCCCCUACCUCCUCUUCGAGAACACCAUGUCGGUGACCAAGUUCAACGCCAUGGUCUCCGGCCUGUUCCAGCUCGGCAGCGCCUACGAGUGGGUGGUGACCAAGAAGUCCGGCCGGUCCUCGGAGGGCGACCUCGUCGUGCUGGCGCCCAAUAAAGAGCACCGGAAGCAGCAGCGCUCUGCGACGCCGGUCGCCGCCGCCGAAGCGAAGAAACCGCCGGCUCCGGCGGAGAAGAAGAAGCAGAAGUACAACCGGAUAUACAAGAAGGAGCUGGCGCUGUCGCUGCUGCUGCUGACGGCCGCCGCCCGGAGCCUGCUGUCGAAGCAGGGCAUGCACUUCUACUUCCUGCUGUUCCAGGGCGUCUCGUUCCUGAUGGUCGGCCUCGACCUCAUCGGCGAGGACGUGAAAUAAAAUUGUUGGGUGGAUGGACGGAUGUAGCUGUAGCUUUGUUCAGGGUUAGGAUUAGUCUUCUGAAUUCUCUUAGGGUAUGUAGAUAUAGCUCCCCGUCUCUGAUCUC